AUGCUAGAACCUCUAGAGCUUCGAUCGUAUCCAUCCUGCGACAACUGUCUGUCAUGGUCAGCAGAUGGCGAAAUUGCUGUUGCCAGUGGGGAAAUUGUCUAUGUCCUGUCCCCCAAGCCAAAUAGAGAAGAGAAGCAGCAGGAUCAGGCCGCUCAAAGGUCAAGUGGCGCGCAGUGGGACAUAUCCAAACUCAAAACCAAUGCUUUUACACUGGAUGAGCUGCCUCUUCUGCUCCCGGAGCCUGGUGCCACCUUUUCUAUCGGCGAGGAGCAAUCUAUGAGCCAUGCGAUCGCUGUAGCCUGGUCCGCUCCCCGUCUGGCGGCAUAUGGAAAAUGCAUGCUAGCUGUAUUAACUAGCAACCUAGCCUUAUCUCUCUGGCAGGCGGUGGACGGUGCUUCCAAAUGGAACAGAGCACUUGUUGUUAACCACGCGCUCAGGAAGUAUUUCAAGACCCUCACGGGUGAUAAUGGCCCUCUGUUACGAAGAAAACAAAGAAUUAGGGCAUUUUCCUGGAAUUAUUUCGCCCCGAAUAAGUUCAACGAUCCAGACUCUUGCCAUAAUAGUGGCAUAAAUUUCCUCGUCGUCAGCAAUGAUACCAAUGACAUAGUGAUUCUUAGGGUUACUGCACCCUCAUAUGGACAGAGUGCCAGUGCAGUUGUUCUUACUCAUUACUCUGCAUCUUCUGAAGGCAUUUGCCUUUCUCGGUCUAUAGAACAAGGCUCUGUAUUCUCAGAAUACACGGCAAAAAGGGCUACAAUAACACGUGUUUCCUCAAGCACUUGGUUGAAUAAACCAAUGCUGGGGGACCAUGGAGCUGCAGAUUUACGUAUCUGGUCCUCUCUAAUUGCCUUUAUGUUUGGAUCGGAGUUGGCUAUUCUACGCCUGGAUCUUGACACUAUUUCCAUGAACACUGAGAUUACGAUCAAACGAAUUGAGCUGCUUAACCUGGAGUGGACCCUUGACUAUACAACGACCGACCGUGAUAUAAAGGGUCCAUUACACUGGAUAGAAACUGCAAAUAUAUGGUCGGAAAGUAUUCUUAGGGUAGACAUUCACGAAGAAAAAUUCGACGCUUCACUUGCAAAAUGGCAUCCGAUUUCAGGCUUUACUUCUCGAGUGGGGGAUACAAGUAAUAGCAGUGACCUCUAUAUCUUGACAUUAUCCUCCUUGCAUCAACUUGAGUUUCCCAGCAUGAGAAGCAAGAUACAACCAUUAUCAAAUGGCGACGAAUUUUCACAAGACGAUUACCUGAGAAGAAAUGUUGAAGGUUGCAGGGAUCGAUUCGAUCUAGAUUAUGACUUAGGUGGUAUGUCAACAGCGAAGACUUGGGGCCUAUGCAGCCAUCGUGGAUGGAUAGCCACCUGCGCGACCUUUCAUCCUACGGAUAUGGUACAGCACACUACUUCUUCUCAGGAAAGGACAACAAUAUUCUUUGCCCCUCCAAGCCUAGAAAGAUCCGACCACACCGAACCAGGACUACCAUGGCAUAUGCCGGCCAUUACACCUACCAGCAUACAGCACUCCGCAGGCAAGGUUAUAGCUUUCACUUUGGCGAAUAAGCAGCCACAAUCUCCGGACGACCUAUGGUUGCGAAAGCUACUAUAUGCGGCUGCUUGCUCUACGAUAUUUCAUUCGGCCUUGGAAUCAUCUUCUCUUGCAAAGGAAGUACUACAAGAUUUAGCCCGCGAGUCUAGCAUAGACCUAGGUUUCGAAAUAUCCAUGCUAGAGGAUCUCGCAGAAGGAUCGGACAAACUGAAAGCUGUUACAAUACCACCGAAAUCAACAGAGCAACUCGAAAGCAACGGAGCAGGCGUAUUCGAACAGUGCGAUAUCUGUGGCGGCGGGAUUGAAUGGUUUUCUCCAGUAGAGUCACAAUGUGUGGGAGGUCACUUAUUUGCUCGGUGUGCGUUGACAUUCUUGUCCAUCCAGAACCCAUCCAUUUCAAAGGGAUGCUGUAGAUGUGGAAGGGAGUGCCUGGAUAACACUAGUGAAGCGAUGGGUAUCGAAGGUACCAAAGGGCUACUGGCAAAACUCCUUGAACGGUUUGAUGAAUGCCCUUACUGUGGAGGCAAGUUUAAGGCAUAA